CAGUGUCGCUGAGUGCCUGCGCGGCGCAUCUCGACAUAAACAAAAAUAUUCGCACGCGAUUGUUGUGAGUAACGCAAAAGGUGAGUGUUCCCGCGGUCGCAAAUAAAAUCCCCUGCGCGUCCUUUUUAACAAUUCCUCCGCCUGAAAACCUUCAACCUUCGUGCUGACAAGACCUGAAAUUCCCGCUCAGUUGAAAGAAAAGUUCGGAAAUAAUCGGCGGGAAGCAUGGAAGCGGAAACAUUCGGGAUGCUGGAGGACGACAGGCAGAUAAUCAACCGGAAUUUAGAGAAGCUGGUCAAACGCACUUCGGACAUCGGCCUCGAGAGGAUCAUCGAGACCCUGAAGGAGAUGGACGCGCUGUCGGACGAGUUCGCCAAGCCCUAUUUGGACACGACGAAACACGCUAAAAUGAGGAAAAUGGAUUUCUACCUGAAUAUCCAGCGACUGGGGCCUGCCGUGUUUGAAAAACUCAAGCACGCCGUCAACGUGUGCAAGUACGAGGACCUGCUGCACAUUCUGCAACCCUCACAGCAUCAGCUGCACCCCGCUGACGAACACUUAGGUGCGCGGCCUACGAACCUGCCGGACUACAUGAACGAGGUGAUCCCGACCAAAAUGUACACGACGAUGGACCAGUACCACGACGCCUCCGUCAACUUCUCCAUGCAGGCGCUCGAUGUCAAGGUUCGCGAGGCCGACCAACGGCUUGACCUCAAGAAAUCCAAAUCGCCACGGUACCGUUGCGGCUCGAAUCCGAAGGGUCUGGCUUUGAUAAUCAACAUUCGCGAGUACAUGGACAAAAGCCACUCGACUCGCAAGGGUUCCGAGCACGAUGACAAGAACUUGGAGGAGCUGUUCAAGCAGCUCGGCUACCAGACUGAAGUUCAUCUCGAUCUCGAUAAACAGGAGUUUAUGAAGGUGAUUAAGAUGUUUGUGGCACACCCGAAGCAUUACCAGGUACACACGUGCAUGGUUGCCAUCAUGUGCCACGGACAGAUAAAAAAGACUGACGAAGAGGAUAGUGCCACUACCGUUUUUAUCACGACUGACGGCAAAGCGAUCCCGUACACCUGGGUGAUUGAGCAAUUUGACGCCGUCAACUGUCGAGGACUGAUAAACAAGCCGAAAGUGUUUUUCUUUCAAGCGUGCAGAGGAGAAUCAAAAGCGAUGGUGCAGAAGCUUGGAAAUGGCUUGACGGCCGACCACACGGAGGCCGACGGAAUGGGAAACCUGCCCUUUCCUGUGCGAAAGCUGUCCGACGUCCUCAUCGCUCAUGCCGCCCCCAGAGGGUACGUCGCGUUGCGGGACGUGAACAAAGGAAGCUGGUUCAUCCAGAAAAUCGUCGAGGUUUUCAUGACCAAAGCGCACAACACGCACGUCUACUCCAUGCUUCAAGAGGUGGACGUGGUGCUGUCGAAGAGUAUCACCAGCGACUGCCUUUCGCAGACAAUGUGCAUCGAGCAGAUUGGGUUCAACCACAAGCUCUAUUUGUCGCCGGGACUCUACGACUAACUUUGUGAUUUUACUUCGGGAACAACUACUAUGCAUUUGCCCCUUUUAGAGUUUUAUACGCUUUUCCACGCCCAUAUUUGUCUUAUCUCAUGCGUUGAGAGCAGAUUACAUAUUGUUUAAAAAGGAUUUUAUCACGCCAUGCCUUUUUAAAUUCUUACACUUCCGACGCAAAAUUAAAUACAGAUCUCAGUUCACAGAGUAUUUCGUUUUGCCGCUCCUCGUGUAAUUUUAAAUGUAAUACAUACAUAAACUCGAGCUCAAACGCAUCACUGCGCGCUUGUAAUUUUCCUACUAAAUAAAAUUUA